AUGUCUUCGACUUUCACUAAUCCGUCACAUCGAUUCUUUUGGCUUGGGAUGUGUAUCCUUCUUUUGACUCCUCCUGGUCCAACCACUAUCCAAGCCGCUCUAGUCCCUGCAAGCACGCUGAAACCAAAUCAAAUUGUCGAGAAUGGGCUGGACCUUGGCUCGCAAUCUUCUUUGUGCGGUCCACGAGUUAAUACCGACUUGCGACUGGGAUCGAGUCAUCUGCCCUCAGUCGAAGGAGUUCGUGCUGACAUACCAGACGUCGAGGCUGGUGGCAAUGGAAAACGAAAGGCCCCCACUCAACCGAGGAAAAAGUUGAUGGACCCACAGCUUGACCCACAAGAACUUGCCUUAAGCCUGGCACCUCCAAACGCCCAGGUUGUUUCUGAUGUGGCACAACCAAAACCUGACGGAGCUGGUCAGCUUCCUGCAGGCGUUGGCUCAUCGACCUUUCCAGUGAGACCCGGGCCUAAUACUUCCCGGCCUGUUCUAAACAUCGCCCCCCAUCAAUCGCAACCCGUCCCGAUGCGUUUGGUGAAUGUCGCAAGCCCACAGGAUCCACAGUACCAAGCCAUCAAGGCAGCCGCCCCGGCAGAAAAAGGUGCUGAAUCAUUGGAAGCUUACUGCUUACCUGUGAAUUGCUCAUGCUGA